UGAUGUUAUUACUAGGGCUGCAACGAUUCGUCGAUGUUGUCGACAAAAAUCGAUAAUAGAAAUAGUCGACAAUGAAUUCCAUUGUCGACAAUUGUCGCCAGACGUGUUUUUCCAACGGAGUGAGGCAUCUUACUUCAUUACAAUCUCUGCCGAGAGUCGCACAUGCGCAAUAGCGUCUCUGCCGAGCGGCAACGUAUACAUAGAUGGCGGCGUCCUACACAGCAGCUACGCGUACCAAAACUUCUAAAGUUUGGGAGCAUUUUAGCCUGGAUACGGCGAAUAAAAAGAUUACUUGCAAGGUUUGCAAAGCAGACCUUGCGUAUCACGGCAGCACCUCGGUGAUGCACGAGCAUUUAAAGAGAAAGCACGUCGGACAGUUGAACGAAACGGAGUCUGACUCGCCUCGUCCGAAGAAGAGAGCCACCAUGGACCCCUUUCUGCAAAAGAAGCAGACGUGCACCCCGCAACAGGCGACUGCCCUCACUGAGUCAGUAUUGCAGAUGCUGAUCUAUGAUAUGAGGCCGCUCUCCAUGGUCGAUGGUGCCGGGUUUCAACAGAUGAUAACCCAGUUCAACCCAGACUACAUCCUGCCAUCCAGAACCCAUUUCACCCACUUGAUGGAGCAGAAAUACAGUACAACGUUUCUGAAGGUAAAGGAGAUCCUAAAAGAGGUCAACAGCUCCCUCACACUGACGUGUGAUGUUUGGACCAGCCGUGCCACAGAGGCAUAUCUUGGAGUUUCAUGUCAUUUCAUCACCAAAGACUGGCAAAUGAAGACUUUUAACCUCGCCACUCUACCUCUGGAGGAGAGGCAUACUGCUACGAACAUCAUGAUAUGGAUGGAAGAGGUGAUAGAGAAAUUUGACAUCUUGCCUAGCAAAAUUAAAGCAAUAGUACAUGACAACGGGUCUAACAUGGUGGCGGCAGCUCGACUCCUGGAAGAAAAACACGGUUGGUCUUCAGUUCGCUGUGCUGGGCACACCCUCCAACUUAUCGUCAACAGUGCCCUCAAAGAGCCCAGCAUCAGCAAAGCUACUGGUGCUGCAAGAAACCUAGUGGAGCACUUUAGGAGAAGUGAGCUGGCAAAUUCAAAACUGAAGAAGAAGCAGCAGCAAAUGAACACCGCAGAGCACAAGCUGAUCCAGGACGUCAGUACGCGAUGGAAUAGUACCUAUUACAUGGUAGUGAGACUCCUGGAGCAGCGCUGGCCAGUCACUGCAACUCUCUCAGACCCUGAGGUAACACCAAGAGGCAAGCACUACUUUGACCUGAAACCAGAGCAGUGGGUGCUACUUGAAGAGCUGGUGCAAGGGUUGGGGCCUUUUGAAUGUGCUACCGUUUUCCUCAGUGGACAGGAGUAUGCUACUGCUUCAUGUCUUCCACAGCUGGUCAAAGGGCUGCAACGGUCCAUACAGCAAACCCAGUUUGAGACAAGCUCAGGAAAAGCCUUUCGAGCCAUUGCAGGAAAAGGAAUAAGUGAGAGAUGGGAGAAUCUUAACACUGUGUCUGCAGAGAGAGACAACCCACUUGUUCUUGCAGCUGCCAUCGACCCAAGAUUCAGAAAGCUGAAGUUUAUCUCACCUGAAGAUGGCACAAGGGUGCAAAGUACAGUUGAAGUUCUUGCUAUCAAAGAAGCAAAGGCCAAGACUGGGAUACAUGAUGACCCUGAGCUACAGCAGAAGAGGAGGGGUCAUGUCCCAGGGGGAAAGUCAGCGCUGGAUAACCUGCUUCAGUCUGACACUGACAGUCUGAGUGAGGAAGAGGAGGAAACCCAGGAGGACAAAAAAAUCCAAAUGGUGAGGAGGGAAGUUCAGAUGUUCUUCACAGAGCCACCAAUAGCCAAAAAGGAUGACCCUCUCAGCUGGUGGAGAGAAAAUGAGGGGCGUUUUCCCACACUGUCAAACCUAGCAAGAUGUCUUCUGUGCAUUCCUGCAACAUCCACCCCGGCAGAGCGAAUCUUCUCAGCAGCAGGAAAUAUCUGCUCCCAGAAGAGAGCAAGUCUCACACGAGACCAUGUGGAUAUGCUGACUUUCCUUAGUAUGAAUAAACUGAACGACAUAGCCUGAGCCUCAUGUUGAUUUUAAACCUGGUCUGUCCACCAUGACAGGUUUGUGUCCAGGUUGUAUCACACAGUCCAUGUUUACAACUUGAAUUUGGACAAUUCUGAAUGCUUUAUUUUCGGCUGUGUAUGUACAAACGUCAGUCGUUAAAACCGUUAGAUUUCAGACUGUUGAGAAUUGUAAAGUUCUUUUGCAACAGACUGUGCA